CGCGGCCGAGGAAGCGCUCGGCGGAAGCGAUGAGCAGAUAAAAAAUACACUCGAGCGUGGGCAGCAUCGGGCCAACGCAGGCGCGGCCGAGGAGCAGGUGCCGUGCUGGAGCCCGUCGUCGCCGGCACUUCUUCGAGCAAGCGGGCGGUGAGCACGACGACGGCCAUGAUGUCGACCGAGAGCGGCGAGCCCCGCAUCACGAUCAGCGUACACACCACGACCGGGGGUCGCAUGCAGCUCCAGCUGCAGCCGCAGUGCACCGUGGCCGCGCUCAAGAAGACGCUCUCGGCACGACUGCGGCUCGCCAAGGACCGGAUGGUGCUGCUGCACCGCAACAGGCAACUAAAAGAGGGAACACUGGAUUCCAACAAUGUGCGCGACGGAGAGCGGCUUACACUGCUGCCUAGUGUGGAAACUGGUCUACAGGCCAUCAAGCCUGAACAGAGUGUCAUGCAAGCCCUGGAAUCAUUGACCGACGCACAGGUGGAGAACUUUCUGUGUGGACGUGCCCCGCUGCAUCUGACAAUGCGCCUGGGCGACCACGUCAUGUUUGUCCAGCUGCAGCUGUGCCCACCAGUUGAGACGCCACCGGCCACACCCACCUCGCCCAACUGCCCCGCUCCUCCUGCCGCCACAGGGCCCCCUCCGGAGGCGGCACCUGGCGGUGGAGCUGUCAUCGACCAGCUGCGCCACUUGGGUCAGGGUGUCUACUCUGGCAGCUUUUCGGGCACCCUGGGUCCCGAGCUCCAAGAUGGUGAGGGCAGGCCGCGUCGCCAUGUUGCCACUAUUCUGCACAUUCUUCGUGACCUGCUUGGCGCCAGCCAGGGCUGGCGUGGUCCUCUCACUCCAACGAGCGCCUCGGCUGCAUCGACACAGUCACCCACGGCUCCUUCUGCAGCUACCAGCGAUAAUGGCACCACUUCGGGUGUUGGCGGUGCCCAGCACCCUUCCUCGUCUUCUGCUUCGGGCAGCGGCAGUGAAGUGAUGGGUGGGGAUGCGACACCUCCGACAUCACCGCACUUCAGAGAUGCAACCAGCCUACAUCAGGAAGAGCAUCGGGUGCUGAGGGGAAAGUUGGACCAAAUCAGAGCGACGCUUCGCGAGAGGCGGAAGGCCAGGCGGAGGGCGUCACCCUAUCCAACGCCCGCCAGCUCACCACCGGCGGCAUCGUCGGAUGAACCAGUCCUGGUGUGAGGAUGUGUCCUUGCUGCAGUGAGGAUUUGAUGAAACUUCCUUCCCACACCGGCCCAGCCUGACCGAAAUUCUCUCCCACCAAUACCCUCGCCUGGUGGACAGUGAUGAUGUGGGCAUUUUGGAGCAAGUGAUGAAGUGAUUUAGGUGCAGCGAUUUUGAUCGCAUGGGAAGCACAUUUUGUCCUUGCAAGUCCCAGAAAUGUCCCGUCAGCGGGAAUAUAGACAUGUACACUGUUCAUUAUUGUAAUGCAUGAUUGCUUGCAGCUGUUGCAAUUUCAUCAUGACAUGCCUGCUUUUAAAAUGUGCGGUUGCCUCUUGGAUGUGUCAGUGUGUGCUUUGAAAGUUGAGUUUACCAUCAGGUGGUCCUGCUGCAGACUGGCAUGUUGAUCAUGCAGUGCAGCAUUUUGGAUGGCAUUCAUUUGAGUACCAUUCAAUCGAAAUUUGUAGCUCACUACUGGCAAACGGAAAGGCAGCCAAGCAGGAUAACCAUGAUGUUUUGACACCAGUGCAAGGAAUAAUGCAAAGAGGAGAGUGGGUGGGGAGAGCCAGCCAUUUGCUUGCGCGGUCUGUUCUGCAACCAAAGCAGGCCAACAUUUUAGCGCUUUCUCCCUCAAGGUGACUGGUUGUCUGAGAAUGUGUCAACAAAUCGUUGCACUUGUUUUUACAAAAUGCGACAAGCCGGUACUUUUAAUGGAGGAAGUGCAUUAUGGUGACUACAGAUGGAACAAUAGGUGGCUUGCAGAAGACAUGUUUGCACUGACCCUUUGAGUUAGUAGGAGCUGCACCUUCUAGUGUGUUUAAGAUACUUGAAAGUUGAUGUAAAGGUUGGCCGUUGCAAUCACUUCUCUUCAUGUGUAGGGCACUUAUACAGCAAGUUUUAUGGACAUAACGUGUUCUUAAGGUAUUGUUUUGUUUCAUGCAGCCUUGAAGCUAGCAGCUUUUGAUAGUAUCAAUAUAUAGGUUUUAGCAAAAAAAAAAGAGAUACACAUAUUAAAGCUCAUCAAUCUUAUUGAGUGUUUAGUUUUCAUUGGGUUUUAGCUGUUCACUUAUUUGCACAGUAUUAGGUGCAGUAGCACUGGCUAUUAGGCUAGCGUUAUUGCAGGCAUGACUUUACAGGUUAUCCGUAUGCACUCCUGAGAUAGCAGAUAUCCUUAUAGAACAGUGCCUUGGAAGACUGCAAGCAACCUCCUGUUUUGGUUGUGCAACAGACAGCACGUUCGAGAUGCAAGCACGUUGAACCAAAGUUUGCAAGGCUGCGGUGUCGUGCGAACAAACUACUGCUCCAAGGGAACAGAUGGCUUUGUUGAUACCUGCUUGCAAGCAUCACGACCCUUUGAGAGCUCUAUUUUUGUCUCAGUAUUAGAAUCUUGUCUCCCUUUACACGUUUUCUUGUUUUUUUCUUGAAUUGUACACUUGAGUAUACUGUUAUGGCUUCACUGUUCAUUUUUCUUGCCUUCACACUUACGAGAACCGCACCGUACCUACCCGCAAAUCCAGUCAGUUUCCAGUUGUGGUUAGCAUCGAAGGAAGACGAGAUUGUCUAGAAGCAAUGCAGAGUGUUGUAGAGUAUUAGCUUGCAUGGUACUUUACCAAGUUCACUAUCUCUUCAAACUUGAACUCCGUCAUAGCUCGGUGAUUGCGCUGUCACUUCCAAUGAACUGUGGGCUUUGGGUCUGACUUCAUGUUCUACAUACAUUAUGUAAGUGCCUCCAGUGGGAAGCAUAAAGGAAGCAGCCGUGAUCUGAACAUCUGGCUGUCAAGAUGCACAGCGAGCUGUCCUGAACUCAAACUGCAGCGUGUAGCUGAACCAGCUAUUCCCGCAACAAAAGUGUGUGCGGCGACUACAGACUACCCCUAUAACACUCUGCGAGAGCAUGGGAAGCUUAUUUGACAGGGCUCUCAGUGGUCCUAGUCUCGGUUUCCAGGCUUGUGCUAGGCUGAGUGGCACUUAAUGGAUGUUACUCUGGUGUUUUUACUCUUUUUUUCUGUUCAUAAUUUAGCAGCAAGAGAUUGCGCAGCCAAAUCUUGUUAAGUCGCACUCGACAUCAAAAUGCCUUUGUUAUAACUGAUACUUGUUAUAGGCAUACAUACUUAUAUCUUGAGGGAGAGAGAGAGAGAGAGAAACGUUUAUUGUACGAAACAGUGCCCCAGCGAGGACGGGUAACACCCUAAGGUGGGGAAAAUGUGCAAAUUUUAGAUUUAGCGUGUUAUAUCCAGUAGUUUGUCAUAUUUGUUGUUUGUUAUAUCAGGGUUCGGCUGUACUUUUCUCGGCAGUUGCUGUGAACUCCGAGGUUGCGGCAAAUUGCCGACCCAGAUAACAUUAUAAUAUAUUGGUCUUAAUAUUGUGGCACAAUUCAACUGUCACACCUUGCAGUAUUUUCACACAAAAAAAGUCCACUUGCAGUAUUUUAAAGGCAAGAAAUAAGAGUAUACUCUGUCAACAAAAAGCUUUUUUUGUUCCGAUUAAUAUUUUGAGCUUGCUGCUCCAUGCAGAAUGCUUAUAACUCUUAAAAAGCCAAGUGUUAUUUCCUGUGCGACAUGCAAAACACACAAAUGAUAUUGAGGCGAUGAGCACGGUGAGGCGUUUGUUAUGACGGGGUUCAAUUACAACCAAGUAUUUUUUUUUUUUGCAACUUUUCGACUACACUGCUUUCUUGAGUAUUACAAACUUGAUAAAAAAAAGAAUUAAGCUGUAUUUGUGCACUGAUAUCCCAUUUCUGGCCUCUGCUGGCACCUUCCAGAGCUGUGUGUAUAUUUUGUCAGAAAGGUCAUGAAUGUUUUCAUUUGUCAUCCUUGCUACCUCAGUAUUUUUUGGUUUAUGAGCUUAGCUGCAGUGCCAUGCACAUAUCCACACAUUGGCAAAAAAAGGAAGUGUGGUUUUGUGUCAAGCUUGCACAACCGAAGGCUUGUUGUGGACCACAAUACAUCGUAUUUCGAAAGCCUCAAUGAAUGUACCCACUAGUCAAAAUUCAUUUGUAAUUGUGACUGAAAGUGGUCACCACAUAUGGCCAAUGUGUAAACAGUGUGCAAAGUAAGUUGCUACAAAGUUGUGGGUUGUGAGCGACUUGUAAAGUGUUCCAUGUUAUAACAAAGUCGCAUGUAAGACAAAAAUGCCUUUGAGAUAUCCAAUUUCCGUUACAAGCAUGUGUUCGUUACAUGCCGAUAUUGGCAAGAACAUUUCAAGUUAACCUCGUUAUAUUAAUUGGUGUAUCGGUGUUCAUUAUGUCAAGGUUCGACUUGCUAGUGAUGCCAUUUUUCGGGAUUUUCAUUCGGUUAUUUCGGGUAAGCUGUCACUGGCCGACGAUUCGGCAGCUCAUAACUGCUUGUCGCAGUCGCGAAAAUUUUCAAGGCAGUUUCAAUUUUUUUUGGCUAAUUCAGCUCACUCCAUAAAUGGUCCUGCAAACACUGUCCAAGCGCUACGUCAACAGUGGCGGGGCCAGCUGGUUGGCCCUUUGCCUGUGUGGUGAUGUGUGUGGCACUUAAGCACAUGUAGAAUGCCAGUGAUACUGGAAUGUUGCAGCAGUUGGCAAUAUCAACAACGAUCACAUGCAAACUCCACAAUGGCCCACGAAUGUACAGCCUGUGUUGUUCUUUCUUGGCAGUGGUCGACCAGUAUUCUGUUUUGUGUUCCCUCGUUUCACCCCGUUGCAGUCUGCAAGCACACAAGCGUCACUCCACAGAUUUCCUGUCAUAUUUUGGGAGUUUUCCGAUAGCAAAUAAAUGAACGUACGCCUGGUCAACAACAUG